AUGUCAGUUGCCGAAUUUUCUCUAGAUGGUUUGGCCGAUUCUUUAAUCUGUCAACUUGAUCGUUCAAAGAUCUUUCCUCCUUAUCAUAACGAUGCAGAAGAAUAUGAGGCGAAGCGACUUGGGGUUUCCAACAUGCGAGUUAUUAGUAAAGUAACCGGUAUCCUUUGGCGCGAAUCAACCGUUGAAGAAAAAGAAGUAUAUGAAGACCUUUCAAAAUAUAUUCGAGAUAUUUAUGUUCAACGGGAUAAUUCAGUAAUCAACAGUCAGUACAUCUCUAAUCAUCGAUAUAUGCCUUAUGCAGUUCCAUACUCGAUAUCAUCAUCUCCGAAUAUGUAUUUGCCACCAACAAUAUACGAACCUAUGAAUGGUUUUAUACAAGACAAUCUAUCAUUUGACUUUUUAUCUUUAAUGCAUAUGACACAACCAAAUAGUGUUCAAUUUUAA